AUGGCCAGCGUGCAAGAGCCCCUGAUUCCGGAUAGCCAUGCGCUGCCGACAGACGGGCCAGUUGAGCCAAUCACCUCGACCGACCCAAUUGUCACCGAUGAGAAAGCAGCCGAGUCGGACCUGAGCGAAUCCACCGCAACACUGGUGGAGUCCGAAACCGAAGCCAAAGAAUCCCCCGCCCAACCCGAGGUCCCCAUGACCGCCGCGGAAAGGAAGAAGGCAAAGAAGCAAAAGAAGAAGCUGCAAAAGAGACAGGAGAGUAUCAGCUCUCUGGCUGCUCUGGAAGCCGAGAAAUCUGCGGAGGCGGUCCCUGAGACUAAACCUGCAGACGCCGCUGUGGAGGAAUUGGCACCAGUCGAAGCCCCCAAGGAGGCCGAAUCAGAGUCCGCCGUGACUGAGAGCCAACCCGCAGAGCCCUCAGUGGAGGAAUCAACACCAGCCGAAGCCGCCAAGGAGGCUGAACCAGCCGCUGAGCCAGUGGCCGAGGAGAAGCCCGCCACGGAAGAAUCGAAGACCGUCGAGCCCGUACCGGAAACUGUGGCAGAGCCCGUUGUCGAAGAGACUCCAGUUGUGGAGGAAACCAAGGUUGUGGAGGCUGCUCCUGAACCCGCCACAGAGCCUGUUGUCGAAGAACCCAAGGCCGAGGAGACCGCCAAGCCUGCCGCAGAAGAGGCAAAACCCGUCGAGGUUACUCCUGAACCCGCCGCUGAGCCUGUCGUUGAAGAGGCUCCCGCCGCUGUCGUGGAAGAAUCCAAGACUGUGGAGGCUGUCGAGCCCGCCAAGGAAGAGUCGCAGUCUGCCGAGGCUGUUCCUGUGACCACCGAAGCCCCUGUGGAAGAAUCCAAGCCCGUGGAGACUGCUACCGAGCCUGUCGCAGAGCCUGUUGUCGAAGAGACCCCAGCUGUGGAAGAAUCUAAGGCUGAGGAGGUUGUCGAAUCCACCCCCGAGGAGAAGCCUACCACUGAAGAAAAGGCUACCGAGGCCGUUCCCGAAACUGUCGCUGAGCCCAUCGUCGAGGCGACUCCUGCCGUCGAAGAAACUAAGGUUGUUGAGGCCGUUCCUGAAAUCGCCCAGGAGACCCCCGCCGUUGAAGAAACCAAGCUCACCGAGGAGCCUGCCACCGAACAGAAGGCUGUCGAGGCCGUCCCCGAAACUGUCGCUGAACCCAUCGUCGAGGAGACCCCCGCCGUCGAAGAAGCCAAGACCGUCGAGGCUGUUCCUGAAGUCGCUGCUGAGGAACCCAAGACUGUGGAGGCUGUUUCUGAACCCGUUCAGGAGUCUCCUGUGGUCGAAGAAGCCAAGACCGAGGAGUUUGUUGAACCUACCGCCGAGGAGAAGCCUGCUACUGAAGAAAAGGCCACUGAGGCCGUUCCCGAAACUGUCGCUGAACCCAUCGUCGAGGAGACCCCCGCCGUCGAAGAAGCCAAGACCGUCGAGGCUGUUCCUGAAGUCGCUGCUGAGGAACCCAAGACUGUGGAGGCUGUUUCUGAACCCGUUCAGGAGACUCCUGUGGUCGAAGAAUCCAAGACCGAGGAGGUUGUUGAACCUACCACCGAGGAGAAGCCUGCUUCGGAUGAAAAGGUCAUCGAGACCGUUCCCGAAGCCGCUGCUGAGCCUGUUGUCGAAGAGACUACCGCCGUCGAAACUGCUGUGGAGGAACCCAAGGCUGUGGAGGCUGUUCCUGAAACCGCCCAGGAGACUCCCGCCGUCGAAGAACUCAAGACCGAGGAAGCUGCUGAGCCGAUCGUUGAGGAGAAGCCCGCUGCUGAGGAGGCCAAGGCCGUCGAGCCCGUUUCUGAAGCCGCCGCCGAGCCUGUCGUCGAAGAGACUCCCGCUGCUGAAGAGCCCAAGACCGUGGAGGCUGUUUCUGAACCCGUUCAGGAGACCCCUGUCACUGAGGCUGCUGUGGAAGACAUCAAGCCCGCCGAAGAUGUCGCUGAGCCUACCAAGGAGCCUGUGACAGAAAAGGCAGUUGAGGAGCCUGUUGUCGAGGCAGAGGCCGAGAACAGUGCCGAUACAACCGCAGCCGUUCCUGAGGAGACUGCCACUGAGGUCUCUGAGGCCAAGGACGAAGUCAUUCCCGAGCCCACCAAGGAGGUGGCUGUGGAGGCUCCUAUUGAGCAGCUUGUCGCUGAGGAAUCGGCAGUCGAGCCAGUCAAGGUGGCUGAGAUCGCUGAGCCCGUUCCUGAGCAGACUGUUGAGGCUGUCGAGGAGCCCGCAGCUGAGAAGCCCGCCGAGGUUGUUGCUGCCGUUGAGACUCCUGCCGCCGAACCCGCCGCUGAAGCUGCUGAGCAGUCUGCCCCUGCAGUUGUUGAGGAGGCUAUCGCCGAGAAGGUUGAGGAGUCCGCUGCUGUUCCUGAGGCUACUGAAGCCGCCGCUGUUGAGACUGCUGCUCCUGCUACUGAGGAGUCUCCCGCUGUCCCCGAGGUCUCCGAGCCUAUCGCUGCCGAGACUCCUGCUGUUCCUGAGGCGGUUCCCGCUGCGGUCACCGAGGACGUUGUCACUCCCACCGAGCCUGUGCAACAAUCCACCGAGGAGACCACCCCCGUUGAGUCUGCCAAGGAGGAUGUCGUUGAGCAGCCCGAGGCCCCCAAGGCCGAGGAGGUGAUUGAGCAAGCCACCGAGGAGCCCCUCGCUGACAAGGCCAGCGAAGAGCCAGUUGUGGAACAGACUCCCGUUGAGGCGCCUGCCAAGGAGAUUGUCGCUGAGGAGCCCGUUGAGGUUUCCACUGAGGCUCCCGCCGUCGCUGACGUUACUGCCGACGAGCCCGCUGAGAAGGCCGAAGAGAAGCACUCUGAAGUCGAAGCAGUUGCUGAGCCAGCUGUCGCCGAAGAGAAGGCAGUUGAGGAACCAGCCAUUGUCGCAGAGACUGUUGAAGUUGCUGCUGCUCCUGAGCCCGUGGCCGAGGCUGUCAUUGCUGAGCCUACCGUUGCUGCUGAAGAGCCAGUUGUUGUGACUGAGCCCGUGGUGGAGGCCGCUGCUGAGCCAGUUAUCGAGCAACCUACUCCUGAGGUCGCACCUGUUGUUGAGGAGCCUGUCACUGAGGCACCAGCCACCGAGAAGACCGAGGAUGUGGAGGCUCCUGCUACUAUCGAGCCCACAGUCCAGGCUACUGAAGUUGCCGACGCACCAGUUGUGGAGGAACAGAUUGUCGCAGAGACCGCAAAGGCUGAGGAGCCUAUUGAAUCUACCACCAAGGAGAUCGAGCCUGAGACAACUGUGGUUGAGGAAGUUGUUAUUGAGCAGCCCACCACUGUUGUUGAAGAAACAGCCACUGAAGAGCCAGUGAUCGCUGAGUCCGAAGCACCAAUUGUUGCUGAGGUUGUCGCUGAAGCGCCUGCACAGCAGGAUUCCAAGGUGGAGGAGACCGUUCCAGAACAGUCUACCCCUGCCGUGGAGACCAUUGUCGCUACGGAGGAGCCGAAGGUCGACACUGUCGAGACCGAAGUCGCCGCUACUGAGCCGAUUGUCGGCGCAGACGAAGCCCAGACCGUGGAUGAGACAACCGAUGUGGAGCAACCCGCCAAGCUCUCAACUGAUGAUGCUGAACCCUCCGCAGCCGCUGAGCCCGAGACUAAGCAGGAAGAGACUGCGGCUCAAGCCUCGGAUGAGGCUUCUGCCAAGGAUACUGGCCUCAGCGCUGAAAUGCUUGCUGCUGGUGCUGGUGCCGCUGCUGGUGCCGCUCUUGCUGGUGUUGGCAUCGCCGCUAUUGUUCACAAGGAUUCCGAGACUGCAGACGAGUCCUCCAAAGACCAGAAGGAUAUUUCCUCUUCCGAGGCCAAGUCCCAGCCCCAAGCUGCCGUCGCAGAUUCACAGCCCGCAGACGGUAAGUCAACACCGUUCUAUCUUUCAGCUCAGCAACCAUCUGCCGUAUCUUUCGAAACUGAUCCAAGUCUUGCAGCUCUUGCUGGCGAUCGCGACGCCCUGCUCAACAAGCUCAACCAGCCAUCCACCGAACAGCUGCCUGCUGCUAGCCAGCAACCAUCAGUCGAGACCACAACCAAGCCCCAGCCUGCCGCCGAGGCCAUCGAGGAAACUACCGAACCUACUGCCAAGGCAUCUGAUGCCAAGCCUACGGCCGACAACAGUCUCGCACCCAAGAAUAACGAUGAGGAUUCUCGUCCUACGAGUCAGAACCGGUCAGUGACAGCUGUUUCUCUAAAUGGUGCACCUGACAGUUGGCUCAAAGCAAUCCUACGCACUGUGUUUGUCAACUUCUUUGGGGCCAUCUUCUCUCCCUUCCGUCGUGGAAAGGCCUCAAAUUAG